GCUCCGCGCCCUGAGCUCCGCCGCACCCGCCGACAUGUUCGAGAUCCGCAGGAUCUGCUGCAUCGGCGCGGGCUACGUGGGCGGCCCCACGUGCAGCGUCAUCGCGCAGAUGUGUCCCCACAUCCAGGUGACCGUGGUGGACGUGAACGAGGCGCGCGUCCGCGCCUGGAACUCCGACACGCUGCCCAUCUACGAGCCAGGGUUAAAAGAAGUGGUAGAAUCCUGUCGAGGAAGAAAUCUCUUCUUUUCUACCAAUAUUGAUGAUGCCAUUAGAGAAGCUGACCUUGUGUUUAUUUCUGUUAACACUCCGACAAAGACUUACGGCAUGGGAAAAGGCCGGGCAGCUGACCUGAAAUACAUCGAAGCGUGUGCUAGGAGGAUUGUGCAGAACUCAAAUGGCUAUAAGAUUGUUACCGAGAAGAGCACGGUUCCAGUGCGUGCCGCAGAGAGCAUCCGCCGCAUAUUCGAUGCCAAUACUAAGCCAGACUUGAAUCUGCAGGUGCUGUCUAAUCCAGAGUUCCUGGCAGAAGGGACAGCAAUCAAGGACCUGAAGAACCCCGACAGGGUGCUCAUUGGUGGAGAUGACUCUCCAGAGGGGCAGAAAGCAGUCCGGGCUCUCUGUGCUGUCUACGAGCACUGGGUGCCCAAAGAAAAAAUCCUCACAACCAAUACCUGGUCUUCGGAGCUUUCUAAACUGGCAGCUAAUGCUUUUCUCGCCCAGCGAAUCAGCAGCAUUAACUCAAUCAGUGCUCUGUGUGAAGCUACAGGAGCAGACGUUGAAGAAGUGGCGAGAGCUAUUGGAACAGACCAAAGAAUUGGGAAUAAGUUUCUCAAAGCCAGUGUUGGAUUUGGAGGUAGCUGUUUUCAGAAGGAUGUUCUGAAUUUAGUGUAUCUCUGUGAGGCGUUGAACUUACCUGAAGUAGCUCGCUAUUGGCAACAGGUAAUAGACAUGAAUGACUACCAGAGGAGGAGAUUUGCCUCUCGUAUUAUUGACAGCUUGUUCAAUACCGUCACUGAUAAGAAGAUUGCUAUUUUAGGGUUUGCAUUCAAAAAGGAUACUGGAGACACAAGGGAGUCUUCCAGUAUCUACAUUAGCAAGUAUUUAAUGGAUGAAGGAGCAAAACUCCAUAUCUAUGAUCCUAAAGUACCUAAGGAGCAAAUCAUGUUGGAUCUUUCACAUCCGGGCGUCUCAGAAGAUGACCAAGUGUCUCGACUGGUCACUAUAAGUAAAGAUCCAUAUGAAGCCUGUGAUGGAGCUCACGCCCUUGUUAUCUGCACUGAAUGGGACAUGUUUAAGGACCUGGACUAUGACCGUAUUCACAAGAAGAUGCUGAAACCAGCGUUUAUCUUCGAUGGCAGGAGAGUUCUGGACGAUCUUCAUAAUGAGCUGCAAGUCAUUGGUUUCCAGAUUGAAACAAUUGGGAAGAAGGUUUCAGCCAAGAGAAUACCUUUUGCUGCUUCUGGUGAAAUUCCCAAGUUCAGUCUGCAGGACCCUCCUGUAAAAAAACCCAGAGUGUAACUGUUAAGUACUGAAGGAAUUAUGUGAACCACAUUAGUGAUAUUAACUGUAAGCCUGUGCUUUUUUAAGGGAAGAUAUUUUUUCAUAAACUGAAAACCAUUUUUACACUAGAAAUGGUACCUGGUACAUGUGAAUUCAGUCUAAUUUCAAAUCU